UUGGCAUGCCUGGUUAUUCUGCUUGGAAAGGCGGUUUCUGAGUCAGAAGUCUGCUGUACCUAGUCAGAUGCAGCGGGUGGGGGUUUGGAAAGCGUCUGGAGUGUGUCAUCAUCCUCCAGAAUUAUAAAUUCGGGUGCUUUUUAGAAAUGCGGCAGGAAAUCCAAUCGACUUAGCCUCUUUUUUUUUCUUCCCGUGGAGCAACCAAACCCGGAGUCGCAGGUGGGGGAGGGAGGAGACAGAAAAUAGCCGAGGGCUGUAUGAACCAUGGCUGGAGACAGCGAUCAAACGGUGCAGAACCACAAGCCCCGCAAACCCUUUCUAAUCGGGGUCGGAGGGGGCACCGCCAGCGGCAAAUCCUCAGUUUGUGCAAAAAUAGUUCAGCUACUUGGCCAAAAUGAAAUCGAUCAUCAUAAGCGGCAGGUGGUUAUUGUGAGUCAAGACAGCUUUUACCAAGUGUUAACAGCUGAACAGAAAGGAAAAGCAAUGAAAGGCCAAUUUAACUUCGAUCAUCCAGAUGCUUUUGAUAAUGAAUUAAUAUUGAACACCCUGAGGGAUAUUGUUGAAGGCAAAACAGUUGAGAUUCCUGUCUAUGACUUUGUUUCACAUUCCAGAAAGUCUGAGACGGUUACUGUUUACCCAGCAGACGUGGUGCUUUUUGAAGGUAUCUUGGCCUUUUAUAUGCAGGAGAUCCGAGACAUGUUUCAGAUGAAACUCUUUGUGGAUACUGAUGCAGACACCCGGCUAUCACGCAGAGUAUUAAGAGACAUCAGUGAAAGACAACGGGACCUGGAACAAAUUUUAACACAGUAUAUAACAUUUGUCAAGCCAGCUUUUGAAGAAUUCUGUCUCCCAACUAAAAAGUAUGCAGAUGUCAUCAUUCCAAGAGGAGCAGAAAACUUGGUUGCCAUAAACUUGAUAGUGCAACAUAUCCAAGAUCUUCUCAAUGGUGGGCUGAGCAAACGUCAGAAUGGUUAUUUGAAUGGCUACACUCUAUCAUGCAAGAGAGACACAUCGGACUCCAACAGCAGACCACACUGACUGAAGGCCAAGCAGUAGAAAUCCUCUACUGAAAUUUAGCAUUGACUUUAAAUAUUUACUGUUUAUGGGAAGGGCAAAUUAGUUAAGGCCUUAUAAUAAUUGAUCAAAACAAAAUUACAUUUUUCUUCUUGUGACAAUACAACAUUUUUCAGCAUUUAUUUUUGCCAAUGCAUUACUUUAAAAGAAGUGUAUUCCUUAUUAAAUGUUUGUGCUUAAGCAUAUCUGGUAAAGAAAUACAGUCCAAUAAUGGAAUGCAUUUGCAUUUUCUUUGGAAAUGUAAAAAUGAAGGCAAAUCUUGCCCUGUUCUGAACAUCAUUUUGAAAAAUAACUGACACGGGAAAGAAAUUGAGGAACAGUGUUCACUGUUGCGCCGAAGAUACAGAAAUCUAGGUAUUAAUGUCUGUGCAGCAAUAUUUAAGAGGCAUGCCAUUACUGAAUUUCACUGCACUGAAGGGUUUUUAACUUGCUACCCCAUGAUGUUCCAUCGGAUUGAUUUUACAAAAAUUGCAAGCACUCUUAGGUUUGAGUGAGGGACUGAUAAUUCAACAGUUUUCUCAAUGGAUGUAAAGGUCAUUCCUGGGAAAUCUUGUCUGAAUGCAAGAUGCAUUUGAGGUAGCUGUGUGAUUGAUGAAAGGGCGAUUUAAAUUCUUUAGUGGGUUUGGAUUGUACUGAGUUAUUACAUUACAAUACUUGUGAACAAUUUGUAUUCCUUUUGUUGGGCUGGUUUGACUCCAAGAAAUUGUUCUGUGAAACCUGCAAUUUCAGUUUACCAGUACUUUUUAAUCAUUCUAUCAUUCUAUCAUUUAUUUUGAAUAGGAAGCCAAGCUAAUAAAGAAAAGUUGGAUUGACUUGUAUUUCCAGAAUCCUUUCAGAAAAGAAGAAAGGAUAAUGAUGCAGACCAAACAAGCCAUGUUAUUUUAAGUUAUACAGAAAAACCUUGCCAUUCCUUUUUCUCCCAAUUCCCUUUCUGCCAUUGACAACAUCCAUAAAGAAACAAUUCCAGGAUCUUGUGCCUCCACUAAUUUUCCAGAAAUCCAUUUUAUAAACUUGCUUGCUCUUUCCUGAUAACGAUAUUAUAUUUGCCUUUUUAAUAGUUUAAACCUUCUCUCUCUCUCUUUCUCUGUCUCACUUUCUCUCUGUCUCCACCUCUUUGUCCUAAAAUUGAAUCAUACAAGUUGACCCUUUCUCUUCCUAUACCAUCUUGUUGCCUAUAUAUGAUCACCGCCUUCCCCUGCAGUCUUCGUGUAAGUUAUUUCAUUUGAAUUGGAAGAAGAGUGAGCUCUUUUUUUUUAAACUGGAACCAAACAAGGAGAUAACAAAUUCUGCCUCUGUUUUCCUCCACCUACUACCUCUCACCCUCCUCAUUCAGUUUCCAUUAGGCUCGCAUUACCACCUUCAGUUCCUGUUACGUAUCACAGCCUUUUACAAAUUCUCACAGCAUUUCUGCAUAUUUCCAGUAUUUUGAGUUCAAGUUUUAGGUUUAAUUAUUUGUGCAGUUUUCUGUUUACUUUGAGACCAGGGGCCACCUCCUGUGCUCAAUAAACUGAAUCUGGAGCAGAUUCAAUCUCCAUUAAAAGCUGUUUUAUGAAUGCAUUUUAAUGUGAGAAGUUCCACGACACAAAACAUUAACCUUUUUUGUUUUGUGUUUCAGUUUCAUUGAUAAGUAAUGUCUAUUGGACCUCGAUAAUGUCAACCUGCUGUAGUUUUUUUGGGGGGAGGCACUGAGUGCAGAGAUUCAGGUGUUAACAUUAAAUACCAGUAGUGCCAAGCCAUAAAGAGUAUUUUCAGGUUAAGUUGAAGGACAAAUGGCAGCUGCAUUCCUUUUGUAGACGCAAAUAAUGUUGGCUAAAGUAAGACCGACAUGUGGAAAGUGGGAAGGAGUAUAUAUAAUAUUAUCGUCUAGCUUCAGGAGAUCUAUAAUGUGUUGAUAUCAUUCAUGAAUCAUGUCAUUCCUGUUGCUGUAACCCACUGCUUCAGGGAACCAAUAUAAACAUAAUAAUUAAUACUAAGCUUGUGACCAAUUAGUCUUUUUAGCCAAUUUUCUUUUUAAUGGCUAUACAUGUAGUUUUGUUUUUAAUUGGAAAGGCAGAAAGAUUAAAUGCUUACUAACUCUGAAAUUUGAAGCUUUGUGUGGAUUGCCUGGUCCUGACUCUAAAGAGCUUGAAAUGAAAACAAAAAAUGCUGUAAUACUCUAAGCUUCAACCUGAAAUGAUAAAUCUGUUUGUCUCUACAGAUGCUGCAUGACCUGUUGAGUAUUUUUAGUAUUUUCGGUAUUUAUUUCCAAUAUCUACAGUAUUUUGCUUUUGUUUAAAAUACUUGAAUUUGUAUCUGCUGUCUGAAAGGCAAAUGCCUAUCAGCUUAUGUUUUUGCCAACUUCUGAAUUGUUACAUAUCUCCGGGGUUAUGCUGGCUAUCACAGAAAUGGGGAAUUAAACUUGAAGGAGAAAGAUAAUUCAUUGUUCUACUGUUCUUUGUGACCAAAAUGGUCCUUCCUUGUUUUGUAAUGGUGCAGGUAACCUUUUUUUGUUGAUGAACGACUUGAUUUGAAUUUAUUUUAUUAAGUAUAUUUUGUUUUCUCAACUUCCUACCCCACCCCACCUCCAGUGUUUUGUAAUGUAUUGUCUGUCAGUCCAAUCUCCUAGAAAGUCAGGGAAUGAAGAGACUCUUGAUGUGCUGUACCUGAAUAAAACAAGAAUUUUCU